AUCGUGGAUUUAAAAGGCUAAUAAAUUACAAAAAGAUCUUUUUUUUCUUUCCCCCUCUUAUCUCUCUCUAUCAGGCCGCUGCAAAGAACCCUAGAGGCAACUCUUUCCAAAUAACGGCGUGGAGAAGGCAAUGUGGUAGAUCGACUGAUUGAAAUCGGUAGAAAAAUUUGAUCUUUUUGGUGUUUUUUUAUUGAAUCUCCGGGUAGUUCUUUUGGCUCGGCCGGUAUGGAUGAUGAAGGUGGGUUGGGCAUUCGGAAUUGGGGCUACUAUGAGCAGCCCUCGAAGGGGAACCUAGGGCUGCAGCUCAUGUCCUCGAUGGUGGAGCGUGAUACGACGAAGCCCUUGCUAUCAAACGGGGGGUUCCUCCAUCGGGAAUGCAGCAUGGUCGUCGAGCCGUCGGUCCCAAUGGACUUCGUGAGGGAUGGGUGGAUCCACCACAAUAGGGACAACAAGAUCCUCCAUGUGCUGCCGGCGAACCAUCACCACCCCAAUUAUGGUAUGCUCCCUGAUCCCCCCGGCGCCCACACCUUCCAUAUGCUGCAGCCGCCUGAGCCACCCAAGGAUGACAAGGUCCCAAUGAUGGAGGACCCUGGAAGCAGAAAUGAGACUCCUUUGAAGAAGAGAUCCCAGGGCCGCUCGCUCAAAUCCCCGAAGCCUAAGAAACCAAAGAAAGUUGCUGCUCCGAGAGACGGAGCCACCAAUGGUUCAGUUUCGCGUGGGAAGGCGGGGAAGAAGAGCACUGGGUUGGUUAUUAAUGGGAUUGAUCUGGACAUCUCGGGAAUUCCUACUCCAGUUUGCUCUUGCACAGGCAGACUGCAACAGUGCUAUCGGUGGGGUGUGGGAGGGUGGCAGUCGGCAUGCUGCACCACUAGCAUCUCAUGUCACCCCCUCCCAAUGAGCACCAAAAGGCGGGGGGCACGCAUUGCCGGCCGGAAGAUGAGCCAGGGUGCGUUCAAGAAGGUGCUGGAGAAGCUUGCAGGAGAAGGGUAUAAUCUUUCUAAUCCAAUUGACUUGAGGACUUUCUGGGCCAAGCAUGGGACCAAUAAGUUUGUGACUAUCAGGUAAAGAUGUACACUGUCUGGCUUUGGUGAGGCUUCACCUCUGCAUUUGGUCUGCUUCUCCUAUGUAUAUAUAUCCGUGUCCUUUUGCAGAGGUACUCUGAAUAGAUUGUAGCCAGUUUUCUUUAUCAGCCAUAUUUACAUGCUUUUUGAGGUUCAGAUGUUGGAGUUAUAUGGAUAUGUUGAUGUCUUCCUUUCUAUUUACAGCUUGUAGGUUUCAGAGAAACAGUGCUGUCUCAUUUAGAUGGCUUUUCAAUUAAUGGAUAGAAAUUUUUCUUCCCUUCUUUUCA